GAAGAAGAAAAGCUGGGAGGAAAACAUUCCAAACCCCAGCAAGAGUCUCCUGAUCCAGAGCUACCUGCAGAAAGUACACCUAGGAAACUGGCUGACAAACAGUCAGCUAGACUUCAACAAAAACAACUUUUCUGAGAAGAUGAACCAGGCCAGUUUGCUUCAAGUCGUGGACAGGCAGAAAAACACUUUGACAGAGUCCCCCGAAUGGCAAGUUGAAAAGGCAGAGGUUUCUCAGAUUGCGUUGGAUCCACAGAACCUAUACCAUGCUUUAGAUGCGCCAGAGCAUGCACCAGUUGCCUGCCCAUCAAAUGAGAUGGCUUAUCCUUCCUUUCCUUUUUCAAGGGAGAACAGUGCUGAUGCAAACACUGCUUCCCAGGCAGCAAUCACUUGCUUUGAUUUCAAUGGGCCAUACUUGUACAGCCCAGUGAUCUCUUCACAGCCUGGUAUGCACCACGCCUUUCAAGCAGACCCAGCAGGAAUCCACAGGAAACCAGGGUCCCUUCACUACAUCAUGCUCCCAAAGGAAGCCUGUUCCCAGGCUCCACAGAGGCAGGCACAGCCAGGAGCACUUCCUCUGCAGCCCUSCUUGCUCCCACACCAGAGGGAAAUGAUGCAGCACCUCAGCAAUGGGGAGGAAAUUUCACUGGACCAUGGGAAAUGCAUGCAUGUGAGACCAGAAGAGCAGAAAUCUCCAGUGGCUCUUGGCUGUACUGGCUCUCCCCAGCAGUGCUCCUUGGGCUACAUCACCACAGAGAGCCUCUUACUGCCAUCAGCCAGAGACUCCAACCAUAUGGCACUCACCACUGAUGGAGAGUURGCUUGUGACUCACAGGAGAUUCAUCCUCCUGAGGACUGCUCUUGCUCUGAGUUUUCUCCUGCUAAAUCUGGCGUCAURGUUGCAGUUUCAGCUCCAACACCAAACCCUUCUCCAGAAUUGCACCUGGAUGCAUUUGGGGACUAUCUUACUGUCCCUCCAGGUCUGCAUGGACCUUCAGAAUCCACAAAUAUUUCCUUACCCAUCUUGCCAAAGGGAAAUAAGCUUCCCAAGGAGCAACCAUUGUCAGAAAGUAAUUUGGUGAUCUUAAACCCAGAUAGCACUGAGCCAGUUUUCCUUUUUGAGGUUGGUGACUACUGCUUCCCCAGCCUAAAACCCAGUGAAAAGAUGUGUAUAAGCCAGGAAGAUCCCCAAGCCAAGAAACCUGAAGGCAGGACAGCACCUGGGAAACCUGUGUCUGAUGAUGAAUCCAUCACUGGAAGAGAACAAAAUGUAAAAAAAAUGCAGGCUAUUCAUCUUUUCAAAAGCCUCAAAUUGGAUGAUUACUUUCCUUGGCAGCAAUCAUCAAGGAUCACAGACAUCCAUUAAAGCAGAAAGUAUUAAUGAAUGCCAAGAUCACAGGGACUGAAACUACAAUUAUUUCAUGGAAAUUAACCCCAUUGUUCCUUCCACCCAGCAAAAAUAAACAGCAAUUCCCUUUUCCCGUUUCCUGUUCAAUAUGGUGGAUGACUUCAAUCAAUCUCCUUCUUGUGAGGUUCACAAAUGGGGCAGGAAAGACAAUCCAAAUGCCAUCAUUUUGAAAGAACUGGUUUUUUUUUUUUCUUUUUUUUCCCCAAACAUUCUCAAUCAUCCACAAGGAGCAGUUUAGCCUUCUUCUGGUUAUGGUAAAAAUGUGGUAGAUCACAUUCAUGCUACCCUAAUACCAAACUGCUUACAGCAAGAUUCAUGGCAGGAAGAGAGGACUUCAUAGCAUGAAAUGUUACCGGAUUAAAGCUUCUUGGGAACUUCAGAAAGAAAACUUUUACUUUCUUAAGAACAUUUGUUUGUUUGUUUGUUUAUGGGAUGUGUGUGUGAAGUAGAUCAAAAGCCAUCAAGAACUCUUCAUAGAUACUGUCUGAAAUGUCCAAAAUGCAACAAAACAAGCAGUAAUAGAAACCGAUAAGGGGGAAAAAUUAAAGCUCAGAAAAUCUGUUAUAAUGUUAAGGUGAAAUAAAUUGUGGAAUAUUCUGCGAGGCGAAGAAGGAGACACUGCUGAAAGACAUCAAGUAGACUGUAGGAAACCAUGGUGACGUUAUUGAAAGAAAACCUGAGAAUGCAUAAGGUGAAGUGAGAGAAAGAGGGUAGGACAGAGAAUGGCAGAGGAAAAAUGUUAUGCCUGGGCCUAAGCCUGGGUCUCUUUUUUUUUUUUCUCUUUCUCCCUUUUUCUAAGCGCUGAAAUACUGUGAUAAUGUGUGAGUUUCUUUUAAGUUCAUUGGCUGUUUAUGCAUGAUACAAUAUAUCUUAACUAUGAAAUUUAUCUUUAGAGUUUAAAAAACUSUAAGUAAUAAGUUGUGUUGAAAAAGACGAAUCAUUUUUUUUUUCUACUUCUUUGUAAAGACAAUGACGCAAGGUAAGAACAGACUGAUUUAGGACUGCCAGUCUAUGAUCAGUAAAAAGUUUUGGUUUCAGAUCUGGCUUUGGUUUUGGCUCUGGCUGGCCCUUGCAAGAGGCCUGCAUUCCAAAAGUAUCUUUCGUUUUUUACUUCUUCAUUAUUCCAAAUACAUAAGAGGAACUGUUAACCUAGAGAGCUUUCCUUUCAUAUUUGCAUAGAGUUUACAUAAAAUUAACUAUUACCUUAUCAGAUGAGGCGUUAAAAAUUCUGUAGGUUCAGAUAUAUUACCUAGGAUGUUUUCUUCUGAUUUUGAUAUCUGAUUUGGCAGAGAUAACGAGAGGGAUUUCAGUGUCUGUGCCCACUGAUUCCUCCUGCUGUGUUAAUUGGACACUGUUGAAUCAGGAACUGAAUGAAAUACAUUAUUUUUGUUCAUAAUUUAAUGGCUUAUAAAUAUUAUUUUGAAUCUAACUGAUGUGAAAAUUCAAUCUGAUGUUCUGUAUGACAUGAGGUAGGCACUUGCAGCCUUAUAUAAGUGAUGAUUCACUGAGCUUUCUAUAUAGUCAAUGAAGGAGAGGUAGGCACCUUAAUUAGUGCUUUAAACCCUUUUUAMAGCUGUAUAAUUACAACAUUAAACAGGUACUUGUGAAAUUAUUGUAAUCCUUUCCUCACUCUAUGUCCAAAUAUCAAAGAAUCUCCCUGUAUUUUAAAAGUAGAUAAAUUUCUCUCAGUUGCUCCGAUGAUAUCAUAAUUCCUCAAUUUGUUUAUGAAUGAAAAAUGUCCAAACAAAAACAGACCCACAUACUCCUCUUUUCAUUUUGGGUCAAUAGUAUGAUAAAGUUCUUCCUUGUUCUAUGAGGUCUGGCGAAUGUUUGCUCUUUUUCACCAUCUCACUCCUGUUUGUGAUAGUAUAGACUUCUGUCAUAUCCUCUCUGAGUUGUCUAAGCCAAAGAAUUCUGGUCUAAUUAGUCUUUUUUUCUUAUGAAUCUCAUAUUUCUAAUACUAGUUUCCUUUCUGUACCUUUAUUUCUACAAUAUUAUUUCAGAGAUGAGAUAACACGAAUUGAGUAUGGUAUUCAAGAAACACAUUAGUUACUCAGACUGCAGUAAUUGUACUC